ACGUGACAUUUAACUUUGAUCAUUUGAGUGAGUACAGAUCGGCAAAAGCAUUCCUGUCAACAUUAAUAGAGAUGUCAGUUACUUUUAAUAAUGUAGUAAACAUUUUUCUUUAAACAAGAUUUGCUUUAUUAUUCAUACUUUAUUCGAAAAGGUGAAGACAUUGACUUUCAUAACAUCGAGACACAAACUUGUACAGAAAAUGGGGAGCUGUGCAUGUAAACAAAGUUCAUCCAGCAACGAUCCUACAGAAUUGAAUUUUGUGCUCAUAGGAAGUCAUUCUUCAGGAAAGAAUACUGUUGGAAACAUAAUCCUUGGAAGAGAUACUUUUCCUUCUCGGCAAUCCAAUUAUAGAACUUGUGUUAAAAAAGUGCGUAAUGUAAAUAACUGUCUGAUUACUAUUGUCCGUACACCUGGAUGGUACAGCCUUGAAAAUAGUGAAAAGAAGACAAAAGAUCAGAUUAAAGAAUCGUUGUUUGAAAAUGGAACGGAUGCUUUUCUUCUGGUCAUAGACUUGAAGUCGAAGCCAUUUGACGGAAGUGAGCAGAAAAUGCUGGAAAGUUUACUGACGGCCAGAGUCUGGAAUCAUACCGUGGUGGUGUUCACUAAUGAGGAGGCACUGGAUAAGAGACACCAUACAAUUAAGGAAUACAUCGAUUCUUUUAAUGAGCUGAUUCAGAAAUGUGGAGGGAGGUAUGUUGUUCUCAAGAGUGGAAAUGGGUCCUCUGAUUACGAUCAGGGCAAAAUGGUAACAGAUGCUGUAAAGAGGAUGAAGAAGAAAAACAACAAUCAAAGGUAUCAGAAGGAAACUCUCCUCAGAGUACAGAGCAAAACACCUUCAGAUGCGGAAGACAAUACAGAGGAAACAGGGGAAAAACCGGGGGAAAGGUUGAACAGAAAAAUAGAUGGGGGAAAAAAAAGAAAACAAUGUCUAACAGUGCAAAUGCCGACAAAAGGAACUGACACACCAAAUGGAACACAGCAGUUAAUUGAAAUGAACACAGUUUCUGAAUUAGCCCAAAGCCCAGUUACACAGGGGGGCCAUGACAUUGAUGAGAAUGAGUGGAUCACUAGUCUUUGUCAAAUCCUGCAUGAACUCCUUGAAGACGAUAUCAAAAGAUUCAAGUUACAUUUACAAACUGGACAUAAAGACAAGAAAAGGGUCCCAGCUGGAGCACUUGAAAAAGCUGACAAGGUGACGCUGGUGCAGCUAUUACUAAAAUACUUUGGAGUAAAUAACUCUGUCACAAAGACAAGAGACGCCCUGAAGUUCCUACCCCGCAACGACCUGAAGAAGUGGCUCAUGCCCUUUCUCAGCAAACUCGGAGAAACAUGGUGAUGGACUGAAGUAAUGAAAGUCAUUCUAAUGAACCAUUCUCAGGAUGAGAUUCAAUACCGUAUUUUAUGACAAACAAUUAAAUUUAAAUAAUGUUAUUGAGCAAUCAUUACAAACUUUUUUGUGUUGCUGUUUUAGAAAGUUGUUUUCAUCAUUUGCAUGUGUUCAUUCUACUUCUGUGUUACUGCUUGCACAGUGGCCAUGUACACAAUUGAUACUUUUUUUCAGAAAAAUGUCAGAAAAGUUGAAGAUGUAACCUUUUAUUCUGUAUAAAAUGAUACUGUGUUUAGCCUUGUGUGUAGAGAGGAGAAGAGUUGGGGGUUAGUAGGAGAUACUGUUUGACAGAGCUAGAAGGGAGACUGAGGUCUGGUGACCAUUAGCUGGUCACCUAGUGGGGGUAGGGUUGAUGUUGUAAAUGUCCACUGCAAGGAACACACACUUGAGCGCAAGGUCUUUGCAAGGGAGCCAAUGAAAGGAGAGCCAUGUGACAGUUGCAUGCCUGUGUAUGAACCAAUGAUUGUGGAGAGCGGUUUCGUUUAAAUGGUCAGCUAGCACAACAUGCUAGCAGACAAACUUUGUAUCACCAUGGCGUUUGGUCUUUGUCUCCUUGUGGGCCGGGGGCAAGCAAUAAAGCUUUCUUAACUUCU